AACUCCUACUUUGAUCACAGAAACUUUGAUAGUAUAAAUGCCUUAAGCAUAGCUGAAUGUUCUAAUUGGGGAGUUCUUCAUUAACAAGAAAUUUAUUGGAUUAUAUUCAGGUGAAUGUGUUGUUACAAGCAUAUAUCUCCCAACUGAAACUGGAAGGAUUUGCUCUCAUGUCUGACAUGGUUUAUGUCACUCAGGUAUGUAUCUAUUGAAAUUUUAAAAAAAGAAGAAAUCUGCCACUAGCAGUUCUAAUAAAACAUGCAUGUGAUUAAGGUGAAAUUAUGAUCAAACAACAGUACGUUACAGGAAUCAAACCAUGAAGAGUGAAAGGACACAUGUAGUGCCGCCAAGAUGUUGCGCAGGGCCCGGGCAAAACCUUUCAAACCUUCUACGACGUUCAUCAAAUUGUCCGGUGUAUAAAAAAUAUUUUCUCUAUCAUAAAAUUUUCCCGGAAUUCUUGUCGACAGGUGGGGGGGGGGAUGUCAAAGAAAUUUUCGGGACAUAAUAUCGUUUAUUUUCUGGCCAUUUUUCCCUGAUUUUGGUGUAUUUUUAACUUUUCACAAGUCCUCUACUUUUAUUUUUGGGAGCUCUAUAUAGCCUCCAACACUAACGCAGCUAGGAUUUAUAUUCUCAGUUAAACAAUCUUGUAUCAAGAAAUGUAAGGGCCUUCGUUGUUUUGGGGCCCCCUUUUCAAUUGGGGAGGGGGGGGCAGGGCAAAAUGCCUCCCCCUCUCUAACCACCGAAAUUAAUACACCAGCCCAGUUCUUUGUACGUAGUGCAAUUGGCAAGUACUGGUCCAGGGAACGUUUGUCGUGUGUAUAAAACUUUGUCAAUGGAAAAUAAUGUUUUGUUUUUUAGUCCGCAGGUCGACUUAUUUCCGCCGUCUUUGAGAUCGUCGUGAACCGAGGCUGGGCUCAACUUGCUGAUAAAACUUUGAAUUUGUGCAAAAUGAUCAACAAAAGAAUGUAAGUAAUAUGUCACAUACGACUUUAUUUUAGUAAUUUAGUACACUGAAAAAUUUGCUGAAAUACGAGGCCGAGGUUUUAACAUAAUUUUAUGGACGUUUAAUACCGUAGUAUCCAGAUAACGAUAAGCUACUGAUUUCGUUUGUGCUUUGCUUAUGAACUGCUCGAGAACGGCGGACUGAAAAUGUUUAAUAUUAAAUAUCUAUCUGUUUUUAAUGACCAAGAACUUUUUCAUUUUAUUUCUGAUCCAGCACUUUAUAUUUUGAAAUCGAACAUUGCACGAAUUUUUUAUCUGCCCCUUAAUUUCUAGAUCCUCCGUUAUUAUCAUGCAGAUAUGGUGCAAACUUCAUGUCUGUGAAAUAUAGUGGAGGGAAAGCAAAAUAUCUCUCAUGUCACAGUCGUAUCUUUAUACAUAGAUAUGUCUGAUCGCAAGAGAGAAAUAUUUUCAAUUUUUUAUCUUAUGAUACAUUCCUUUACAGAAUAGUUUUGUGCUCCAACAGCAUAUCUUAUGAUACAUUCCUUUACAGAAUAGUUUUGUGCUCCAACAGCAGACAAACAAACAAACAAACAAACAAACAAACAAACAAACAAACAAACAAACAAACAAACAAACAAACAAACAAACAAACAAACAAACAAACAAACAAACAAACACAAAUAAACAAACAAACAAACAAACAUACAAACAAACAAACAAACAAACAAACAAACAAACAAACAAACAAACAAACAAACAAACAAACAAACAAACAAACAAACAAACAAACAAACAAGCAAACAAACAAGCAAGCAAAAACUGCUGACACAACUAACUGUACGGAUUACUGUGUGAACAAGUGGAAUAAUUUGCGUAUGAUUCUGAAUUUGUCUGGUCUGAUUUGAAAAGUCUAAGUUUGCAAUUCCUUUCUAUUUACAUAUAAGGUGGUUAUCAAUGACUCCACUACGUCAAUUUACAAAAAUCCCAAUGGAAGUGAUCAAGAAAAUUGAGAAGAAAGAUUUUCCUUGGGAAAGAUUUUAUGAUCUUGGCACGAAGGAGAUCGGAGAGUUGAUUCAUAUGCCAAAAAUGGGAAAAACCUUACACAAGUUUAUCCACCAACUUCCAAAACUAGAGCUCGCUACACAUAUUCAGCCAAUAACAAGGUGAGUCUGGCGUCUACUUAAUCAAGCAAUAUUGCCUUGUAUUACACCAUUACACCCCUAAUUUGCAACUUGUCUCGCAACGAAAAAUUGCGUUGUUGCAGAGAAAGCAACAUUUGAAAAGUUCGAUUGGCGAAGCAAUUUUGAAAACCAACUUUAGAUAUACUAUAUAUGAGAUAUACGCUUGUGAUUCGCCUGAAUGAAAACGCACGUAUAUUAAGGUAUACGAAUGAUAUUUGGUGACAAAAUUUUGAACUUCAAGUUUAUGUGGAUCAGCAGGAUAUUAAGUGUAUUUUCAGCUGGCCGAGGUACGCAAAAAGUGGGAAAUGUUUUCUCUCACACAGCUGGCGGCCCGAUAGAGAUCGGGUGUUAUCGGGUGGGGCAGGUUAGAUGAGCACAUUUUUGUUGCUCACCGUAGCUUGACAUAAGUCCCACUCGCUCAUUCUUUGUUAUUAGGAAAAGUUAGAACGGACAGAUUAGGUUAUGUUAAAGUGAGCGUUGUGUGAUAAAUAAAUAUCAAGCUUGCGGCUGAUGCUGCUGCAGAUCCCAGCGAGAAUGCUGUUUUUCUCCGUGUUUUACUCGUGAAUGUUUUAAAUUUCAGAUCAACUCUAAGUGUAGAGCUCACCAUCACACCAGACUUUCAAUGGGAUGAGAAAAUUCACGGUACAUCGGAAGCAUUCUGGAUCUUAGUGGAAGAUGUCGACAGUGAAAUCAUUUUACAUCAUGAAUAUUUUCUUCUCAAAAGUAAAUAUGCGAAAGAUGAGCACGUGAUCAAACUUUUCGUUCCCGUGUUUGAACCACUUCCGCCCCAGUAUUUUAUCAGAGUUGUGUCAAACCGUUGGUUAGGUAAGUCUGCUCUCACCGUCACUUUGUGACGAUGAGACGUCUAUUACUUUGCAUAUAAGUGAUGACCCUUCCUGGACCUCAAGAGAGAGCAGUUUAGAACUGGGACUGAUAGAGCUAUCCAGUAUGACUAACGUUAGUUAUUUUAGGAACACUAUAUAGAUCAGUAAGAAUGACUCUUUUUGGACAUGUAGGGAGAAUAGUUUAAAUUGAACUGAUAGAGCUAUCCAGUAUAUAAGUAAAGUUGUUUAGCUUUUUUUUUAAUUCUUAUCUCCUUUAUUGCUUACUUUGUGUAGGUUCUGAGACCCAGCUUCCCGUUUCAUUCCGUCAUCUCAUCUUGCCUGAAAAGAACCCACCAUUAACUGAAUUAUUGGAUCUUCAACCAUUGCCAGUAUCUGCCUUAAGAAAUGUUGAUUUUGAAGCUCUGUAUAAAGACAAGUUCCCAUAUUUCAAUCCAAUACAAACACAAGGUAUAUUCAGAUACCUCUCUACAUUGCUUAGUUUAAACAAUCCGAUUUGUCACGCCGAUUUCAAAUCUACUGCAACGAUAUAAAUAUACGGUAAACGUUAUCAGAUGAAUUCAAAUGUGUUGACCAAACAACAGAUAUUCGUCAUUAACUAUUAGCAAAGUUCGGCUUGCGGCUGUGCGCUGGUUAAGUGUACACACGUAAAAAUCUCACAACAUGUCAACAAGAUGUGUUCGCAACAAACUUGUAGCAAGCUUGUCAACAAUGUUGUUAUUUUAUCAAGUUGCUACAAGGUUGUCACUCGCAACUUGUUGACAAAUUGUUGAAUUGCAAGACAAUAACAAGUUGUUGGAACAACCUGUAACAAGUCUGUUGAGCUCAACAACCUUGUAGCAAGUUAUCAACAAGCCUUAACAAACCUAGGCUGCAGUUAAGUUCAUGCAACUGAUUUUGAGGAAAGGAGCGUUACAAUGGACAGUGUAUGUUGUGCCUUUCUGGUUUCAGCACUGCGACCAGUAUUCCAUUCCUACAACGUACAAUUUUCUGAUCAUAUUUUAACCUCAGUCACAUGUGAAAGAAAUGCUUGCCAGUUUCUUCCUGUAGUUAAACUGCACCAAUGGACCAUUUGCAUUAUAGACUAAAUUUUGAUCUAAACAAGUCUAGACAAAAAUUUCAUCACAGUUUGAAAGAGCAUCACAAAAUUAGUAAUAUUCCAAAGUUUCGUUGCGAAAUGUUGUAAAAUGCGGAUAAUAUAGCCUUGCGAAAUUUGCCGUUUUUCAGUCAUUUUGUAAAUUACAAAUGAGAAAUUGACAGCCCAAUACCCUUUGGGGUCUAGCGAGAACACUUUAGAACUGAUAGAGUUAUCCGGUAUAAAUAUAGUUCAGUUUGUCAAUGAUUAAGAAUAUAUAUCUUCCUCUAGUAUUCAACACACUAUACAACUCAGAAGAAAACGUUUUCAUUGGAGCGCCCACUGGAAGUGGAAAAACAAUUUGUGCUGAGUUUGCAGUUCUUCACAUGUUUGCCAUCAAUCCCAACAGCCGCUGUGUCUAUGUCACUCCGCUCCAGUCUCUCGCGGACCAGGUGAGUAGAACAACCACUGAUCUGAAACAUACACUGGAUAGCGCUGGUAUAUUGUUACUAGACAAUUUUCCACUACUAAUGGAAAACACUACUUAAGGAUUGAUAAACAAGAGAAGCCUGUAAGUCGGUGGAAGGUAUCCUUCAGCAAAAGGCUAUUGAUAUUUUAUUGAUCCUGUUUCCUUUCCUUAGGUUUAUGCAGACUGGCACAGUAAAUUUGGUGUUCAAUUGCAGAAGAAUGUCGUUAUUUUAACCGGAGAAACGAGCGCGGACCUUAAAUUAUUGGCCAAGGUACGUCAAAAUAUCUUGCUGUAUUCUCACAGGAGCGACGUGGGCAGGGGUGGAAAAUUAGGCGAGCACUGCUCGCAGGAAAUCUUAACUGCAGGAAAUUCGUUUGAAGAUUUGCUAUUGAAAAUUUGAAGGAAACCUUAACACCCAUGUCCCACUAUGGGCACAACAUCAUCUGGUUGACAGACAUUAUUCCUUGAAUUUAAAACCAUGGUCAGCUAGAACACUAUAUGUUUAUGCACGUGCAGAUUUUGCACAAAAAUACUCCGUUGGUCUGCAGGAAAUUUUUGUCCCCAGGUUGUGCUCCCAGGAAGAAAAUUUUUUUUCCUGCCCUGGUCGUGGGUGACAGGUGCGGUUAGCUCGCAAAAAUAUUUCUGUCUGUGACCACUGCUACAGAACAGAAUUGUUUGCCAAUAUUCCGAGAUGUGGCUAACUGAGCAAGAACACAAAACAAACAUAGUUGAUCAAAUAUCGAGUCAGUCUAAAUGAAUAUCUUGUGAGACUAAAUUUGUCCACCCUUGCCUUCCGAGACCUUGUUGACCUCACAUUUGCGCUGCAAUUUAUUCCAUUUAUUUCCCACUCAUUCCUUUUUUAUUUGUUCUCUCUCCGUCCAAAAUGUUUUAGGGACUUAAACAUUUUCCAAAUUGUCCCGAGGGCCGAUCCUUUUCCAGUCCUGUCGAGGGGUUUCGACCUGGCCUUUUUAUUUUUUUAUUUUAAUGAUUUAGCAACACAUAAAUUACAAGGUACUGAGCAAAAGGACUCAUAGUCCCCUACUAGGCUGUAUACCAAAUGGUCGUUCGGUUUUUCUCGCUCGCCAAAAGUCAAUUGGCUUGGGUGAAUUGUCAUCAUCAUUUGGCUUGGAUGAAUUGGGUAAUAGCACUCUGUGUAAACGACACUAAGUAUUAUUUUUUUUAUUUCUUUAGGGCAAUGUAAUCAUUAGCACACCUGAGAAAUGGGAUGUUCUCUCUCGUCGCUGGAAACAACGAAAGAAUGUUCAGAAUGUAAAUUUAUUUGUAUUGGAUGAAUCUCAUCUUAUUUCUGGUGACAAUGGGGUAUGUGGUCCCGCGUUGUAUUUUGUCAAAAACCUACUGGCCGUGAUCAUUCAAAUUGAAUGAAAAGUUUUUUCUACAAGUAGUUGUAUUUUCUCGACGCUUUAAUAAAACUAACCGUUGUCGUUUAUUUCAGCCUGUCAUGGAAGUAAUUUGCUCUCGAAUGCGUUACAUUUCUUCUCAAAUCGAAAAGAACAUUCGUAUUGUUGCGCUGAGCUCUUCUCUUGGGAACUCGAAGGUAUUUUCGCAUUUAUAUUUUAGCACCUAAGAAUUGGAGGUGGCCUGAAAACAUGGCCUUGGGUCAGUCUCAAGUCAGGCCUGCAGUGUAAAUACAUUUUCAUUGACCCAAGACGUGCUCGAGGCUAAUUUAGUAAUUUCCAUGACAACAAAUUUGAGUCUUUGAUGUCAGCACUCAGCGGAUGUCAUUUUCUAGUACUUUGUAUAGUAAUUGAUUUUGCAUGUAUAUAAUGGCCAAUUCAAUGGGACUUGGGCAUUUAGUCAGGUAACAAAUGUAAACACACUGUGUAAAGCCUGGCUAGAUACUUCUCAGGUACAGGUAAAUGUCAGUCCCUUAGUGUAAACACGGCUAAUAUUGUCACUGGAUUUCUUCUGUGAUAUAAUCUUGAACUGUCUGUGCCAGUGUGGGUAGUGCCAACAAUAAGAAAACUACGGAUUGGUAGGGAUACAACUACCUGAAAAAUAAAAGGAGAAUUUUGAGUGUUUCGGGUAGCAUGGCUGGAUUUUGAGGGGAGGUGCGCACUACCCCUGGGAUCGAUCGUUUUGCACCUCGCCUGAGAAUUUUUGCACCUCCCCUGAAAAGUCAUGCACCUCCCCUUGGGAAAGUUUCAAUGAUAGUGAAAAUUUGACAUUUUUUGGUUGCUUAGGGUCUACACUUUGCAAGAAAAUUUUUCUGUAAAAUUGAAACAGUGAUAGCCAUUCACCUAUGUGUCAAGUACCCUUUUAAUGCAAUGUUUUGAAAGAAACAUUGUAGCAAUUGGAAUGAAGGGCAAAAUUGGAUGAGUUGUACAGUCAUAAUUAGUUAAUACACUGAUACAUUGUACACUACAUGCAUACGUCACGUCGUUGACUUUGGCCCGUACUUUCCAUGGGGAUCGUGAGCUAGACUGCUGCACCUCCCCUAAAUUUUUUUCCACCCACUAUUUCCACCAAAAUCCGGCCUUGUCAGGUAGUUGCAUCCCUAUAAAUCCGAAGUUUUUCUUAACGUUUUUAACAACAGCUUGAAAAGUAUUUCUCAAAUGCUGGUGUCCAGUGUAAGUCCGAACUAAGUCGCAAACGAGGGGUCCAGUUUAGAUAGUAUUAUACAAGGCAAGACCCUUCAUUAUAUACUACUAACCUGCUUGACUUGAAACGUGCCGUGUAGUAAAAUGGUUUUUUUCUGUAGGAUGUUGCUCAGUGGUUGGGAGCACAAGCGACAGGAUUGUUCAACUUUCAUCCGAACGUCAGACCUGUACCAUUGGAGUUACAUAUACAGGUAUGUCUCUGCCGGGUACUGCUUUAACCCGCUCCUCUGGUUAUCCUCCUUCCCCAGAGACCAACCCUAAAAUUUCCUUGAGUAACCACACCCUGUGCAAUCUACAUUAAAAAGUUACUUAUUAUUACCAAUACGAGAUUGUCUUGGACCCUCAUGGUGGUCCUACUAUUCCCCAUAUAAUCUUCUAUUUGCAUACUAUGCAUGCAGUAGAAAAUAGCAAUGAUCCAGUCUAUAGUCUUUUUACUUUGUCUGGAGUUGUAUAGUGCGAGUUGUAUAUUCAGUGGCUGAUCUAUACUUUCUUCAGGGUUUUACAAUCACACACACACAGGCUCACGGUUGAUUG